CGGCUCCUCUCUUUCCGCUCUCGGUUCUCUCGUGAGCAGACGCACCAACGUGCAAUCAUGGUGCUCGACUUGGACCUGUUUCGGACCGACAAAGGCGGCGAUCCUGAAGUGGUCAGAGAGACACAAAGAAAGAGAUUCAAAGACGUGACGCUUGUGGAUAAACUUAUUGAAGCAGAUACAGAAUGGAGAAAAUGUCGCUUCACUGCAGACAACCUGAACAAGGCAAAAAACCUGUGCAGCAAAAGCAUUGGAGAAAAGAUGAAGAAGAAGGAGCCAGUGGGGGAGGAUGAUGAUUCUGUUCCUGAGGAUGCCCAAAACCUGGAGGCCCUGAAUGCUGAAACACUCUCAGCCCUGACCGUGUCCCAGAUCAAGCGUGUGCGUGUGCUGGUGGACGAGGCUGUGCAGCGCAGCGACAGCGAGCGGGUGACGCUGGAGGCCGGGCGCUUUGAGUACCUGAGAGAGAUCGGCAACCUGCUGCACCCCUCCGUACCCAUCAGCAACGACGAGGAUGCAGAUAACCGCGUGGAGAGGACGUGGGGGGAUUGCUCCGUGCAGAAGAAGUACUCCCACGUGGACCUGGUGGUGAUGAUCGACGGGUACGAGGGGGAGAAGGGGGCCGUGGUGGCUGGCAGCAGGGGCUACUUCCUCAAGGGCCCGCUGGUGUUCUUGGAGCAAGCUCUGAUCAGCUACGCUCUGCGGGUGCUCUACAGCAAGCAGUACACGCCCCUCUACACACCCUUCUUCAUGAGGAAGGAGGUCAUGCAGGAGGUCGCCCAGCUCAGCCAGUUUGACGACGAACUCUACAAGGUGAUAGGGAAGGGCAGUGAGAAGUCGGAGGACAGCAGCAUCGAUGAGAAGUACCUGAUCGCCACAUCGGAGCAGCCAAUCGCAGCCUUCCUGCGAGAUGAGUGGCUGAAGCCUGAGGAUCUGCCAAUCAGAUAUGCCGGCUUCUCCACCUGCUUCAGACAGGAAGUGGGCUCACAUGGGCGUGACACCCGGGGGAUUUUCAGAGUCCACCAGUUUGAGAAGAUUGAGCAGUUUGUCUAUGCGUCUCCUCAUGAUAACAAGUCGUGGGAGAUGUUUGAUGAGAUGAUUGGCACAGCGGAGGAGUUCUACCAGUCUCUGGGUAUUCCCUACCGUAUUGUCAACAUCGUCUCUGGGGCAUUGAACCACGCUGCCAGUAAGAAACUGGACCUGGAGGCCUGGUUCCCCGGCUCAGCGGCCUUCAGGGAGCUUGUCUCCUGCUCCAACUGCACCGACUACCAGGCCCGCCGCCUCCGCAUCCGCUACGGCCAGACCAAGAAGAUGAUGGACAAGGUAGACUUUGUGCACAUGCUGAAUGCCACCAUGUGUGCAACCACGCGUGUGAUGUGCGCCAUUCUGGAGAACUACCAGACAGACGAGGGAGUCACCGUACCAGAAACACUCAGGGACUACAUGCCCCCUGGUCUGAAAGAGUUGAUUCCUUUCGUGAAGCCGGCUCCCAUCGACCAGGAAGUGUCCCGGAAGCAGAAGAAGCAGCAGGAAUCUGGAGGCAAGAAGAAGAAACAGGGGGGCGGGGCCCAGGGCCUGACCUCACAGGUGGAGAACAUGUCCGUCAGCAGCUCCUAGGCUGCUGAUUGGUCCCUUCACUGAAGUUAAGAUUACAAAUAAUCUCUCCCUCUCCUGUUAUCAUUUCCUAUCUCUCCUCCCCCUAUCUCUCCUCAACAUCUGAACUGGGACCCUCUCCCCCCAGCACCCCCCUCCCUCCAUCGUGAAGGAACACACUUAUGUUAUUACCUUCAUCAUCAUCAUCAUGUUGCUAGAGAUCCUUGUAGAGAGGAUGUCAGAACCAUGUAUGUACAACCUGUAUGAUCUCACUGUGUCAACAACAAUGAUAAAUAAACACAAACAUCAGUUAACAA